AACACAGGACGGCGGUUGUGAUUCGCAUUCUGUUUGUCCUCUGAUACUCUUGAGCAAAUAUAGUGCGUUUGCAUUGUGCGUGUCUCUAGGCAUCUUGCAUAUAAAUUCGCGGUAGAGCAGCUGUUCGCAUUUUCGCUGCUACCAAUUUACUGCACGGUGUUGCAAUAAGCUAACUUACAAGAAAGAAAUAAUGGCCCAGGAGUUCGUCGAGACAAAAUUAAAAGGGGACAAAGUCGUUUUGUUUUGGAAACCGUCGUGUUCGUAUUGCGUGAUGGCAAAGGAGGUUCUGUCCAAGUAUAAAUUCAAAGCUGGACACCUGGAGUUCAUCGAUAUAAGUGGAAGAAACGAUAUGAGCAAAAUUCAGGACUACUUCCUUGAGAUAACCGGAGCUAGAACCGUGCCGCGGGUCUUCAUUGGAGAGGAGUGUAUAGGUGGCGGCAGUGACGUAGCUGAACUGGAUAAGAACGGGAAGCUGGAGGGGAUGCUGCUGUCCAUCGGUGCUCUGCAGUAAAUUCAGGGCGGGGCCAGGAGGGUCACAUGACCAGGCAGCGGGACUUGCGCAGUUGUCUUCUCCGCUGCUGGUACUCGCUGAGCUCCUGCAGGUAGCCCCUGGACGGCCAGCGGACCCUCUCCACCUGCUCCCGCUCCUCGUCUGAAACACAGCCCCACCACCCCCCACCACCCGAUAAAGAAGAUGCUGUCACCAUGACGACGAUGGUUGAUACACUGCCCCUCAACAGUACCCUGGAUUUCCAGGAACCCCCCCAAACCAGCCCAAUUUUUUAACCAAUGACGUAUUGCUGCCGGGUCACAUGGUUUAAUAUGAAGGCAUUAACGGCCAUUUUUUGGUAUCUAUCAUAGACAUCCUUACAAGAAAU